GUACUGAGCGGUUGCCUAAGCUCACGGUAUCGUUAUAUUGAUUGCCCGAUCUCCGAUCGUGCUCAGUUAGUUUUCCGAACGCGGAACACUCGCAUCUCCGCUAUGAGGGCCAACGAGGAUAAUCUCUAUCGGGAGCAGUUGCCCAGCCUUGGCUCCCUUAUCAGGGAUGGAGGUCGCAAGCUGUGUCGGCCGGCGACCGUGACCAGCAAGUUCCCGAUCCUCAGCUGGCUGCCUCGUUACCGGCUGGAGUACAUCAUGCAGGACUUUAUCGCUGGCUUCACCGUGGGCCUAACCACCAUCCCGCAGGCGAUCGCCUAUGGCGUGGUGGCCGGCCUAGAGCCGCAGUACGGCUUGUACUCGGCGUUCAUGGGAUGCUUCACCUACAUCGUUUUCGGCUCCUGCAAGGAUGUCACCAUUGCCACCACUGCCAUCAUGGCCCUGAUGGUCAACCAGUAUGCCACCAUCAGUCCGGAUUAUGCUGUUCUCGUAUGCUUCCUGGCUGGCUGCAUUGUCCUGCUGCUCGGCCUGCUCAACAUGGGUGUGCUGGUGCGCUUCAUCUCGAUCCCCGUGAUCACAGGCUUCACCAUGGCGGCGGCCACCACGAUAGGCAGUGCCCAGAUUAACAAUAUUGUGGGACUGGCCAGUCCUUCGAAUGACUUGCUGCCCGCCUGGAAGAACUUCUUCACGCACUUGGACUCUAUAAGGAUCUGGGACGCCUUACUGGGUAUCUCUUCACUUGUUUUCCUGCUUCUCAUGACGCUCGUCAAGGACAUCAAGUGGGGCAAUCGCAUAUUCUGGAAGUACUUAGGCCUCUCACGCAAUGCCCUGGCCGUGAUCUUUGGCACCUUCCUAGCCUACAUCCUGAGCAGAGAUGGAAAUCAACCCUUCCGGGUCACCGGCAACAUUACAGCCGGAGUGCCGCCCUUUCGAUUGCCACCCUUCAGCACCACCGUGGAUGGAGAGUACGUGUCCUUUGGCGAUAUGAUCAGCACAGUGGGCGCUUCAUUGGGUUCCAUUCCGCUGAUCUCGAUUCUGGAAAUUGUGGCUAUAUCGAAGGCAUUUUCCAAAGGAAAGAUUGUGGAUGCCUCGCAGGAGAUGGUGGCUCUGGGCAUGUGUAACAUCAUGGGCAGCUUCGUGCUGUCCAUGCCCGUGACCGGAUCCUUCACCCGCACUGCUGUGAAUAAUGCCAGCGGAGUGAAGACACCUCUGGGAGGAGCAGUAACUGGCACCUUGGUGCUCAUGGCCCUGGCAUUCCUCACCCAAACCUUUUACUUUAUACCCAAGUGCACCCUGGCUGCCAUCAUUAUAGCGGCCAUGAUAUCCCUGGUGGAGCUGCACAAGAUCAAGGACAUGUGGCUGUCGAAGAAGAAGGACCUGUUUCCCUUUACGGUCACCCUUAUCACAUGCAUGUUCUGGAGCUUGGAGUAUGGUAUUCUGUGCGGCAUUGCUGCCAAUAUGGUGUACAUCCUCUACAGCAGUGCACGUCCUCAGGUGGACAUCAAUUUGGUGAAGGUCAAUGGCCAUGAAGUGGGUCUGGUGGAUGUAAAACAGAAGCUGGACUAUGCUUCUGCAGAGUACCUCAAGGAGAAGGUAGUCCGCUUCCUUAACCACCAGAACGGAGAGACCCAGUUGGUGGUCAUUCGAGGCGAGGAGAUCAACUCUAUCGACUACACAGUCGCUAUGAACAUUGUCACCAUGAAGGGCGAUCUAGAGGCCCUAAAUUGCGCCAUGAUCUGCUGGAACUGGAACAUUGCGUCAGCCGGUGUGGUCUGCCGCCUGAAGACUGACCUGAGGCCCAUCUUUAAGUUCGAUGUGACGCUGGAGGAGGUGGUGGCCGGACACUUUGAUAGUCCCUCUCACACAGCGUCCACCGUGACCAUGGAGGCAUAGAAAACUUAGGUUUUACUAAGAUCAAAGCUGAAAGUAUUACCUCAAGAUCACAACUAAAUAGAGUCGCAUUUAAGAACAUAA